GAGUCAAUACUCAGUCCUAGUUCUUAUAAGUGUAGUGUCAAACGAACAAUAAUUUAAGCAACAAGAUAAAAGUUUAACGAAUAGAAUACUUUUUUCUUAAAGACCAAAGAAAAUUUUCAUGUUCUUCCAAAUAAUUCUAAAAUGGAGCAGAAACUAGAAAAAAAAUAACUUUCUUACCAGAAAGUAACAUCAGUUUUGUAAAAAAACAAAGGAAAUGUCCGGCGAAUCGUCUGAAAGUUUUUACGAAACCGGAAUUCAUUUAAUCACAAGUAUAAUAAAAUCGGAACGAGUUUGUACAUGGGAAAUAAAAGAAUUUUCGUCUCACAUCGACAUCUUUCAAAAUACACCAGCCGAAUCGAAAAUAUUCCCCUCCAAUUUUAAUUACGAGACGAAAUUUCAAUUUCAAUUAAUUUAUUCCUCAAAACACACACGUCAACCCGGCAAAUCAAGUUAUUUCGUUCAAUUGGAAAUAAAACCCAGUAAAGAAUUACAAAAAUGCAUUAUGGAAACAACUCUACAAAAUCAAUUAAACACCGAUUCACGAAUUCUCAAAUCAAACAGUGUUUGGACAAAAGAUAAAAUUCCAAAAAUCCUAAUGCUCGAAAUUGAGAGUUCAAUAAUUGAAAAACUCGAUUCAAACGAUUCCCUAAUGAUAAGAUGUAAUGUUAGUGAAUUUUAUUUAUCAAGCGAUGAGAAUCCCGGUUUUCAUCGAUGUCCACUGUCAAUUGAUCUCGAUCGAUUGCGUCGUGAAAAAUUAUUAACCGAUUUUACAUUCACUGUCGGUGAAUCGAGUUUUAAAGUUCAUAAAGCAAUUCUCUCGGUUCGCAGCCCUGUUUUUCUGGCAAUGUUCAAACAGAAUUUAACGGAAAAAACGAGAAAUGUGGUAAAUAUACCGGAUAUUCAUCCAAUUGCUUUUAAUGAAAUGUUACGUUUCAUUUACACUGGGAAUGUUAAGGACUUGAAGAAUUUUUCCUUUGAAAUACUCGAAGCUGCGGAUAAAUAUCAAAUUGAAGAAUUAAAGGAGAUGUGCGAGAAAAUAUUCUCCGACAUAACAGUGAGAGAGGCGCCAAGUAUUUUAUUACUCGCCGAUCGGCAUAAUGCCAAAAAUUUACGGGCAAAAACAUUAAAAUUUUUGCGACAAAAUAUUAAAGAUGCAAUAUCAACGUCGGAAUUCAGUGAACUCUAUUCUCGACAGGAUCUUAUGCAGGAAAUUUUAGAAGCUGUUGUCGAUAAAUAAUAAUUGUAAAUAUUUUCAAUUCAAUUAUUCAAUAUUGUAGAAGUUGAAAAAUUCUGUAGCGACGAAACUUUUUCAGAAUUUUUUUCUCUCGCCUCUCAUUCCAUUAUAUUCUAGAAAAUUAAAGACAAUUUUUUAAAUGCAAAAUUAUACGAUAAUUUUUUUUUUAUAAUUAUUUAAUGGAAUAUAAUUACAGACCUCGAAUGAAUUUAAAUUUUCUUCGAAUUAAAAUGGUUAAAAAACUGAAAUUUAUUUGAAUGAAAAAAGGUUAC